CCACGCCACGCACAAGCCAGCCAGCCAGCCUCUAGGUAGUGCACGCUUGGCGUCUUGCCGAUCUCUCUCGCUCCCAUGGCCACCACGCCCUACUUCCUCUGGCCCGCGCAGUCGUCCUCCGCCGCCGCGUCCGAUCUCAUGGCCGGCUUCGGCUUCAGCAGCGCCCAGGAGGACACGCCCGCGCUGGCCGCGACCGCGGCGAUGGACAUGGCGCCGCUGCACGCGCCGGAGCUCUCGGAGGCGGUGGCGCGCCCGCGGCUGCGUCGCCAGCCGUCCUCGUCCGGAUCCGGUAGGCAGCAGGGCGCCACCGCCGGCGGGACGCCCAAGAAGCCCCCGCAGCGCGGGCUGGGCGUGGCGGAGCUGGAGCGGCUGCGCUGCGGCGGCGUCGACCCGCUGCAGGACCUCAACGUGGCGGCCGCGGCCGCCAUGCUCGAGGCCGUCGCCGCCAACGCCAGCGCCCAGGGCAGCCCCGCCCUCCUGCACCACCAGCACCACCAGGACCACCUCCCGGCCUUCGACGCCGCCACCGGCGCCCGCUACUACUCGCCCCUCCUCGUCCACCCGCCCCCGGCCCCUGCGCCCCCCGCCCGCUACGUCCACGGCAUGGCGCCCGAGCAGCAGUACUUCGUGGACCGCUGGGGCUGCGUCGGCAGCUUCCUUCCCGCGGGCAAUGCCGGCGCCGUUGGACACCACGUCCAGCAGCUCCAGGCGCAGCUCCAGGCGCAAGCGCACGCGCCGGCGCCAGAGCAACCUUCAAGCCAAAACACCAUCUGGCGUCCGGCGCCCUCCUCCGCCUCAUCCUGCCUCCACGCCGGCCAACGCUGCCAUCUCUGCUCCAAGACCGUGAGGGCCAUGCCAGAGAGGGCUCCACGGGCUCCUGCUCCCGCCGCCGCCGCUACCAACAACAUGCAAGACUACUCGAUCUACGAUCUCGCUGCCGCCAUGACCGCCGCUAGCAAGGAGACGGCCGCGGACGGGUACUUGGCGCGGGAGGCGAAGAAGGAGGUCAGGGAGAUCGAGUUCUUCCCGACCAGCGCCGCCAGCCACGCCGCCGAGUCCGAGUUCGCGACGGCGAUGCGCUGGACAACGCCCUUCCCCUCCACCACGCCCAGCAUCGGGGGCUACGCCGCGCCCCUGGACCUGUCGCUCAGGCUGUAGGGUUUCGGCCUCUGCUGGUGGUAGAUCGGCGAAGAUUCUUGGGGUUUUUUGGUUGCUUAGUUCUUGGUGUUAAUUUCGGUGCGAAUUCGCGAAACCUUGUGGAGAUGAUAAAAGAUGAGAUCAAUGCACCUUUGCAUGUUUGCUUUUGAUGCUUCUAGUUUGGUUAAUUUCAAUUUAUGUCGAAUUUCUAUUGGAAAGUCAUUUUGUGAUCUAAGAUGAGGAUG